AUGGGCCUCAAGGCCGGGACGAAGUGCAAACGACUUCGCCGCCUGGUGCCGACGCUCUGCGUGCCCGACCCUUUCGCCCCCGCCAGCCCAACCGGGGAGCCGGACAUGGUCGCCCUUCAGCUCCCCAAACACGCCAAGGCGCUGCUGUUCAGCAAUGUAGACUCCUACUCCGGGGGGACGCACCCGUGGUCGGCCAAUACCGGGCUGUACUACCGCCCGGUGGAGUUGCGUGGGGAUCACAUCGUACGCCCUGAGGCCGCCCCGGCGCGGCGACCCGCCGCGAUACCGGUGAACAUCAACGACGGAAAGCUCGAGGUCCAGGCGAUGGGCGGGGUCUUCGACUACGGCUUCCUCAGCGUCGGCAUGACGGGCGCCACCAAAAUCAUCCAGAGCUCGGAGAUGUUUGCCUUUGUCGGGUGUACCCCGAAUGAUCUUUGCCCCCCUGAUCCGGCGUCUCCGGGUGGCGCGCGGAACCACGUGCAGCCGCCGUCCACGCUGAACCUCGAUCCCUCCGAAGGGAAGGCGCACUCGCCGGUGAAGCUUUGGAUUCAGGUGGACGGCGAAGCGGUCUUCCCACUGACGGAGCCGACAAUUGUGCACAUCCAACCCAUUCGCGAGAGGAGGUUGUACGUGCGUUGCCGGAACGCACUGCUAUUACAAAAUCCAACGUGA